UUAAAUUUUAAUCGUAAUAUAUUGUAGGAGUAUGGUCUUUAUUUCUAAAUUAUUUGAUAUAGCCAUUUUAUUUAUGAACAUGACAGCUGAUUGCCAACGUAAAAAACGAAUAAAACGUAAACGUCAGAGGGAGGUUUAGCUCAGAUGAUUAUUUAUUAUUUUACAAAUAUUUAUUUACUGAGUAUUGGUAAUUAAAAUAAUGGAGUUUAUUGAACUGAUACAUAUAAACAAAUUGGAUGGUGUUAUCCUCAAGUAUCCGCACCAAGACAACGUGGAUGGAACUGUGUGUAUAACUGGGCAUCAUCUCAUAUUGAGUUCGCGAAAAGAAGGCGUUCACGAACUAUGGCUUCUUCAUAAGAACAUAGACAGUAUAGAAAAGAAGGAGAACAAACCAAUCAGUGGAGUCAGCCAAGGAGGCUCUCUCUUCCUCAAAUGCAAAGACUUGAGGAUAUUCCAGCUAGACAUAGCUACUACCAAUGAGUUGAACCAAAUGCAACAGACACUGGAAAACUUAUCCGGAUUGCAGGAUCCCGGCCUGUUCUACCCGUUCUUUUAUAGACAUAUGCAUCCUAUUGUGGAAAAUGGAUACACACUAUACAGCAUAGAGGGUGAAUUCACAAAAGUACUGGCGACAGAGGAAUGGCGCGUUUCCCGCGUAAAUCAGAACUAUGGCGUAUGCUCGAGCUACGGGAAGGCAGUGGUGGUGCCCAAAUGUGUUGAUGAUGAUACUCUAGUUGCUGCAGCCACUUUCAGGCAAGGAGGACGGUUUCCUGUGCUGUCUUAUAGGCAUAAUAAUGGAGCAGUACUAAUGCGCGCUGGCCAGCCUCUAUACGGUCCAAAGCACCGGCGGUGUAGACCUGAUGAGGCGAUACUUAACGCUGUGGUGGCAGCUGGUACCAAAGGCAUUAUAUAUGAUUUGAGGAGCUCUAACUCGAUAUCACAGCAGCAGAAUAAAGGUGGUGGAAUAGAAAGUAAUUCCAACUAUUCCCAGUGGAAAAUCUACAACAGAUCUAUGGAUGAGGUGGACAACCAGCAGCCUCUGUUAGAUAGCUACUCUAAAUUAAUAGAUGCAUGCAACGACCGUGAGAUAUCGAGUGACAAGUGGGUGUCGCGGCUGGAGUCGUGCGGCUGGCCCGAGAGCGUCCGCAACUCGCUGCACACUGCCUGCAUCGUCGCGCAACAUAUACACCAGAAGGCGGAGCCCGUGUUAGUGCACGGCACGCGAGGUGAAGACGCCACACUGCUGGUGUGCUCUCUAGUCCAGAUCAUACUCAACCCUGACUGCAGAACUAUAAGGGGUCUACAAGCCCUUAUCGAACGCGAAUGGGUACAAGCAGGCCACCCUUGGUACUCCCGGCAGCGUGUCGGUCCAUACGGUCCCCCGACCCCUCGGGCGGCUCCCACCUUCCUGCUGCUGCUGGACUGCAUCAGGCAGUUUCUGGAGCAGUUCCCCUGCAGCUUCGAGUUCCGACAGAGCUUCCUUAUCACGCUGUUUGAGCACUCGUAUGCUAGUCAGUUUGGUACAUUCAUGUGCGACAACGAACAAGAACGCGAAACCCGAGGGGUCUACACCCAGACGACCAGUCUGUGGUCAUGGCUGAACCAGCCGGACGAGCUGCCGAAGUUCAUCAACCCGCUGUACGACCCCACGCCCAACGUCAUCUGGCCAUCAGUGGCGCCCAUGAGCUAUGUUAUAUGGGAAGAGCUAUACCUCCGCUGGCUCGUCCAACAGCACACAGAAGAACGCGAGGAACAAUACAGGCACAUCCGCGCUCGCGAGCAGCAGCUCCGUGCGCACGCGCAGCACAUGCGCCGCGAGCUGUUCGACCUCGCGCAGCAGUACUACGCGCACAAUAUACACGAUAAGUAACUAACAGUCAGUAUGUAUGGCCGUAACCAAUAUUCUAUAAAAUAAAUAAAUUUCCUUGUCAAAGACUCGCAGACCGAUCGACCAUAAGGCUGGAAACAGUGCUCGACCGAUGGUCAACGCUUACGGUACGCGUGUGAUUUAGUAUGUGACUCGGUCUGGACGUACGGUCAGCACUGACCGUCGGCCGAGCACUGUUUCCAGCCUUAGGGGGUAAUCAUGACCAUUUGUUCCGUGUUCCGGAAGGCACGGUAAACUGGUGGCUCCCGGCUGUCAUUUGAAAAUCUUUGGCGAUGGUUAUGGGUAGUCAAAAGAUGGAAAGUUUGUCAAUGGGUCUUACCAAGGGGCCAAGGAAGAAACUUGCAAGAAUUCAAAACAUACCUUAAAAGAGAUUGAAUAUUGACAUUUGCCAUACAAGUAAUGUCUAAUUCGUAUUUCUAGUAAGCAAAACAAAAGAGAGAUAGGAUAUUGGGAACGGCCGCUAGUGUAGAUAGAUUAGUGCUAAGCCUGUAGAAUUGUAGAUAGCCUAAAAAUUACGUCACAGAUUUUGGUUUAAAUAUGUGACGAAAGACCAAAGAAGCUGCGUGUGGGUAUGACUGGAGACUAACCGCAGACUUUAUAUGCCUUGCCAUAAUGAGCACUUACAAGCCUAAAAAAACUGAAUGUUUGCAUAUGCCUAUGCCGUGAAAUCACGUGUUUAUACACAUAAAUAUACAAAUCCAUCUCAGAUGUCUGAAAUUCAAGAUACUUGUUGAUAAUGUCAUUGCCCUGUACUUCUAGGGACGUUUGCCUCCAUUCAUGCCUAUAAGCUUCUCAUAUAACUCCCAAACAUUAUAUUACGCAACGAUAGUGUUGGAAAAGCUUAUUGAAAGAGUAUAUCGACAUUAAAAUACUCGUUUUUCGAAUUUUGCUGAACAGCUGUGAGCUUAAAGCUAUGCUGAAGUGCUUUUUAGAAAAGGUCUUCUUCAGGAGAAUAAAAAUGAUAGCGAUAUUAUAGUUAAAGGAUGUUGCCAAAUUGAUUCAAAGAUAGUGAUGGGAUUUGUAUUUUAACACUGGAUUGUAGGCAAGUAGGAAAAAAAAAUUGUUGCCAAUAGUCACUUUCCUGAUGCAGAUAGAAAAGGAGUAUUCUUGUAUUGUUGUUUACUUUGUACAUGACAUUCAGUAUAAACCGCUAAGGCCUAAAGUAUUGAGACCAAUCAUUACUUAAAUAAAACACCAAUAUUAUAAACUACAGUGUAUUAGGGCAGCGUUUUACAUCAAUUUAAUAUGGACGUUGAGUAUAUAAAUAAACUUUUCAGUCAUUUUAAGGUGAAAUUUUCUACCAAUAGUAUUAAAAUAUGAUCGUUUGAUGCCAGGCUUAAAUAUGUAAAGUUACCAUAUUAAAAAUAAUCAUACAAUAUUCGUACUCGUAACUCACACACUUAUAAAUAAAUAUUUUUAAAAUUAAACUUGGUGCACUAAAAUUUAUAGAUAAUUUAUAGGAGCUUUUGCAGUUUGAUAUGAUAUUUAAAGUAAAAGAUCUGAACACUUAAUGCUACUUAUAGUUGUCUAUUGUACAGUUAUUAUAAAAUUUAGAAACUUAUUUCUUAGCAGAACUAUGCUCCAUUAGAGGCGGCACUUAACUACAGGAAAACCAUCUUGAUAGAACUUUUUGGCACAAAUACACAUUAAAUAAAUAAACUACAGCUUAAAAUAAAAAUCAAUUGAUGGAUGAUCAUUGCUAUUAUGUAUUUACAUUUAGUUAAAACAAGAUUGUAAACAUUUAGUUUAGUGCCUACUCAAACGAAGUAUAGAUUCUUGUCUAUCCCUGUUUAUAUCUAGGACUUCCAAUGAGGUACUUAACCUUUUUUGGUGACAUACCGUCAGUUGCACAAAGCUCCAUUAAAGUUAAAGCUUGUUUAAAUCUGUUGCUGACUCUUUCUUUGUCAACAAGAUAAAAAGUGUCAAUAUAUUUAAUGAAGCUUUAACUUUAAUGUAGCUUUGUGCAACUGGCGUAUAACACUGAAGUUUUUUGUACCCAUUUUUCUUCUGGCUGUAAUAAAAAAGGUUAAAUAUACCUGGAUAAAAUGAAUUAGUCUACUUAAAUAACGUAUUUUAAUGAACCAGUCUGAGCUUGUUAUCUUGCUAGGCCUAAUAUUAUUAUUACGGUAGUUUUAAGGCACCGCUUAUACACCAAUGACAUAAUAAUGCGUAAAUAUAAUGAUAAAAUAAGACUGUUGAGUAUCCCUGUAUUAAUUAUGAAGAACUUAUGAAGUUGUCUAUACAAAUUAAAUAAUCCAUUCAGGUAUUAAUUUGUUUUGUAUUUUUUUUAUGAAAUAAUAAUAUCCAUUGUUUUAAUACGCCAUGUAUAUGAAAAUUUUAAAAAUCUUGUCAUUAUCAUAGAUACUCUGAUUGACAUAAUUAUGUGGCUCUCUCAAUGUUGCCAUUUUUUUUUUAAUAUUUUCUGUGUCAUAUUUUACAUUCCAUCGGAUGUGUAGAAAAUGUGUAUAUAAUUUGUAAAUUUUUUAUUGCUAUAUUUUUUUAAGUUUUAAUUUUUACCUUUGCAAGACAAUUAUGCAAUUAUUAAGCUAUUAAGAGAUCGUUAAUGUAAUGUAAGAGGGACAUGCUUAUUUAUUUAUAAGGUAAACGUAAUGGCCUAUAAUAUUCGUUUAGUGUUAGUAAAUAGUAGUUUGUGUUAAUGUACAGGUCAUUGCUUAGAUUACGUUUUAAAUGUUCACCAAUUAGUAAUGGCGGUAACUCGAAUUAGAAGUUGCCAGUGCUAAAAAUAUUGCAAUGAAAUAAAUUACUUGCCAAAUUUCCUCAUUUAAUAUUGCGUUUAAAAACAUGAUUAAUGUCAGAUAGAUAUUUAAAAUCUCAAUAAACAAGGAAAGCAGAUUGUUUUUAUCCUAAUGUUUUAUAUAAUAAAAUAACCCAACUAGUAUUAUAUUGCACGAACUAGUUACCUUAUGAUUUCCUUAAGCAUAACUGACCAUGCGUCAUUUAAAAUUAUUAUGCCUUAACAAAGUCCAAUGGGGUGAUGAGAACGUCAUUAAAUACGGAAUUUAAGAUAAAAACAGAGUACAUUGGACUAAAAUAUCCGAAGGCUUAAAAUUAGAAUGUAUAUUAUAUCUAAAUUAAUGCUAGCUUUGAAUAUUGUUAAAAUGUGAUAAAGAAUUUUAUAGAUAAGUUUUGUGUGAAUCGGACUUCGAUUAUCAGGAAUGUUAUCCUCUUAGAAUGAAAUGUGUUUUAAUGAUAUCUUAAAUGAGUAAUUUUGAAUUAAUUUAAAAUGUAGCGUUAAGCUCUGUACUGUAGCAUUAUUUAAACCCAGGACCGUAAGUUCUAAUAUGAAACUGACAACGGUUUUCGUCAGUCGUCAAUGGCUAACUUCAGGGCAGCACUAUUAGAAAAUCCUACUUACGUAUGCGUGGAAACACAUUUUAUAAUAAGAGGAUAUAUUUUAUACCAAGUACCUAAUAAAACUGCCACAGCAUAAAACUUCGAUACGUAAUGUGUUCAAAUUAAUAACAGAGUUCCCACAGUAAUCAGUAAAAAUAUGUAUUUAGAUUGAUUUUGUGCCAAUACAUACAAUGGGAUGAAUAAUUAUGGGAAUUACACCAGUUUUUCUAAUAGUUAUUAAUCUAAGCAGAUUACGUGUCAAAAAAUAAAUUUACCAAUAGUUUUAUUUAUAUGUGUAUAUGCGUAAUGAAAUUAAUUAUAAAUAUUGUAAUGUACGUACUUAUAUGCAAAAUUAUUUAAUGUCAAUUUGAGAUGAUAUGAAUUUAUUUGUUAGUCAAUUAAAUAUUACACUGCAAUUGA